UCCGGUCUGUUUGCUUAACUGUUUUAUGUGAUUCUUUUCAUUUAUGAACUUUUCUGGGGUUUUUCUUGUUAAUUUUUCACAUUUUGAAGCGGCGAUCGGAACUUUAAAUGCGCUAAAAUCCCGCCGCCGCCCCAGACCGCGCAGACACCAGGAUGCCCGUCCUAUCGAGCCCAGACACCGCCAACAGGUUCAGGGACAGGUGGCUGGACCAGGCCGCCGGUUCCGGUUCUGCCCCCCUGGAUGACAGCCUCACCAGCCUCCACUGGUUGCAGAACUUCUCCAUCCUGAGCGCCGACCCGGAGCGGCUGGCCGGUACCGGCCCGGAGUGCCCGUCCUCCCACCACCACCUGCUCCUCAGGCGGCUCGGCUUCCCCAGAACCGGGACCGACUCUCCGUCCAGCCCGCCGGCCGGGGACACGGCGGCGGCCGCCGGGAUGCCGCGGUACCCGGGCAGCCCCGCCACUUCCGGCAGCCAGAGCACCGCCGCGCCGCCGCCGCGGUUCUCCCCGCUCCCCGCACCGGGCUUCCCGGUCCAGACGGGCCCGCCGGUGGAGGUUGACUACCGGAGCAACCCGAAGGUCAAGCCGCCCUAUUCCUACGCCUCCCUCAUCUGCAUGGCCAUGCAGGCCAGCAAGCAGCCCAAAGUCACGCUGUCCACCAUCUACAGCUGGAUCACAGACAACUUCUGCUACUACCGACACGCAGAGCCCAGCUGGCAGAACUCGAUCCGUCACAACUUGUCCCUCAACAAGUGUUUCAAGAAAGUCCCGAGGCAGAAAGAUGAGCCGGGGAAGGGAGGCUUCUGGCAGAUCGACCCUCAGUACGCCGACAUGUUCGUCAACGGCAUCUUCAAGCGCAGGAGGAUGUCUGCCAACCACUAUGGCGGCGCUGCAGCAAGGCAGAGCAAGCUGGUGGAGGGUUUCCCUGGCAGCUGUCCUCACCAGGCGGGCGCCAAGCGGAAGCAGCUGUCCUCCACCGACCACACCAAGCUGAUGCGCUCCACAGAGUCCCCGCUUCUCGCCAUGGAGGCCAACAGAGUAGACAUCCUGAAGGGGGACUUUGACCUGGGGUCCGUGUUCGAUGACGUUCUCGGCGGGGGCUGCAGCACCUUCGAGGAUCUGGACCUGAACACGGCGUUGAGCUCGCUGGGCUGCGAGGUGGAGGCGUCCAUGAACGGCCGGCAGCACGCCGCGGGCCCGGGGCGGUGGUGCGGCGGCGCGGAUGUGACCCACUACCCGUCCUACAGCUACCUGGACCUGAGCGACGCCGCCAUGGACGGCACCGUCGGCAUGUCGCAGCCGCUGCAGCAGGACCAGCUGCUGCAGGGACAACACCAGCUGCAACAUCUGGACGAGUCGGCCACGCUGUUCGGCGAGCAGCCGGCGGACGCCACGCUGCAGCCGUGGGAGGAGAUUAAAGAGGAGCCGCAUGUCAUUCCCCUGACCCUUGACCCGGGCUUCGGCCUUUACGAGGGCUUCUUCACCGAGAUGCAGCAGUGGGAGCGAGCGGACAGUUUCCUGUGAACUCAGAUGUCCGUCCAGUCAUGAGAAGAGUCCAACCGCUGGGUCGGCUCAAUGAAACGUAAACCAGCUACUCAUCUCAUCUCCUCUAAUCCGAUCCAGCAACCACUGAAUUAUUCAUUCACACUGAUGAGCCAUUAUGAACACGGAGCUGACUGAGCAGGUCUUCAUGUCUCUGGAACCGGUUCCUUUGGGUCAGGUGUCAGAUCCCAUCAGAUCAGAAUUUGGGGAGUAAAGUCAUCAUGCUGAUGUUCAUCUUCUUCUAGCCUUUAAUAAGUGAUUUUCUGCAGCCGGGUUCAUUGUGUGCCAUUUUGUUCCAAUCUACUUUCAUUUCAUACCUGUAAGCACUUCAUUUGUUUCCAUCUACUUAACUAAUGCAUAUCAGUGUAUUUUUCUUUAUAGUUGUCUGUUUUAAUAAAUAAUACAGAUAAAUA